GAGUCUGGGUGGGUCCUUUGUGGUCAUGGGCCUUGCCUCGCUCGUCCCCUCGCACACCAGGGCAGGCGACGCCAGGAUACAUAAUCCAGGCUGCCCCAGCUUCCCUCGACCUCAUUCCCACUUUUGGCAACAGGAUAUCUUCGUUCGUCGAUUUCCCACUCUCUCUCUCCUUCUCGGUCUCCACCACGCCGUUGCCUUGGAUUGACAUCCUUUGCUAUGAGUCAACAAGCCUCCGUCUUCUUAUAGCCACUCUUCUUCCUUGGGAAGCACCUCACGGUUCCGGGCCCUCUCUCUCUACCAUAGCAACUUGAACAACAUCAUCAGCGCAAAGUCUCGACCAGCAGGCGUUGUCGAGCUCCCGUCCCUACCUCGCCCACGCUCAGCUCGCUUCCUCCGACGAGCUCAGCCGACAACUUCCGCUCCCCGGCUCUCGCACCCUUCUGCGUCCCAACUACCGUCACCAUGUCUUUCGACUGGACACACCAAUUCUGCCUCGGUUGCGACAAGCAAACCGACGGCGCCACCUACUGCUCCGAAUCCUGCCGGCUGGCCGAUUAUGAGAAGACAUCACCAUCCACACCCAGCUCUGCCGCGAGCUCUCCGGCACUGAGCAGCCCUCCGCUCGACUGGACCCUGUCCAGGCCAACAAGCACAACAUCAACAACCACAACGAACGCCAAGUUCUACUUGUCGCCGGCAUACGACUUCGGGCUCAUCCAACCGAGCUCCCGAAGGGAUUCGACCGGGACUCAAUCGCUCUCGCCGUCGCCGUCCCACACCAGCCUGUGCUCGAUGCGGAGCAACUCAUCUGCGGGACUCGAUGCAGCCCAGCUGUCUGAGAACGCGGCGAGGGAGCUCCGCGCAUACGCCCGCUCGUUCGAAUCCGUCCGCCUCCAACGCAGACGCUCGUACUAAGACGACGAAGCGCGGUCUCGAGCCCACACUCUCCUACUCUUUCGAGCCACCAUCUCCCAACGACUAUACCCCACCUCACUCGAUUUGCCGACCGCUCUGCUUAGAGAACCACCACACACGACUCAACCUUUCGAUAUUUCUUUUGUCUUUUGGUCCUCGGGUCUUGUAACAAAAAAAAGAAUCCUUGCAUACAUCGGAGCACAGCAUCAUAAAAAAAGUUCUCGGGUCACAAAGGGGUUGGGUUUUCUGCGCUUUUGUCUUGGAUAUCUCUUAGUUCUUUUUUUCUCUUGGAUCUGGGAACAGGCGUAUUUGGCCGGGUUCGCAGCUUGGCUUGGGGCGAGCGAUACCGUGUAUUACCCAGCAAUACACCUCCGGGGCGGGUUUUGUUAUCCCAUGCUCCGGGUACUUUGCAUACGGACGGAUAUGGACGGGAAUCAGGACAUCGGUGUUGGGCAGGGCAAGUGGCAAGCUCAGAUUGCUGGAUCCGGGUUUUGGCCUGGGAACUACUGGAAUUGGCGUUGAACACAGCUAUGAGGGAGCUUGUGCUUUUCGGAUUGGGACUUUGAUGAUUGGGACUUUGAUGAUCAUGUCAUGAUAGGAAAUUUUGUGUUGUUUGAACGGAGUUGCAGUGGGAGCGGGGAACCGGCUAAGCUGUCGUCUGUCGACUUGCUCGGGUUCGCUGCGCACAUGGUGGGCAGCUCUGCCAAAGAUUGGCAAUCAUCAAUUGAACCGUUUCCAAUCCACCAA